GAACCCCCCCCCCCCGACGGGCUGCGGCCGUCCUCCCCAUGAAGCGGAAGAGCGAGCGGCGGCCGAGCUGGGCCGCCGCGCCCCCCUGCUCGCGGCGCUGCUCGUCCACCUCGCCCGGCGUGAAGAAGAGCCGCAGCUCCACGCCACAGGAGCUGCACCGCCUGGACCAGGACGACCUGUACCUGGACAUCACCGAUCGCCUUUGCUUUGCCAUUCUCUACAGCAGACCAAAGAGUGCAGCAAAUGAACAUUAUUUCAGCAUAGAUAAUGAACUUGAAUAUGAGAACUUUUAUGCAGAUUUCGGACCACUCAAUCUGGCAAUGGUUUACAGAUAUUGUUGCAAGAUAAAUAAGAAAUUAAAGUCCAUUACAAUGCUAAGGAAGAAAAUUAUUCAUUUUACUGGCUCAGAUCAGAGAAAACAAGCAAACGCUGCUUUCCUUGUUGGAUGUUAUAUGGUUAUAUAUUUGGGGAGAACUCCAGAAGAUGCAUAUAGAAUAUUAAUCUUUGGGGAUACGUCCUAUAUCCCUUUCAGAGACGCUGCCUAUGGAAGUUGCAAUUACUAUAUUACACUGCUUGACUGUUUCCAUGCCGUGAAGAAGGCGAUGCAGUAUGGCUUCUUUGAUUUCAACACAUUCAACCUUGAUGAAUAUGAGCAUUAUGAGAAAGCAGAAAAUGGAGAUUUUAAUUGGAUCAUACCAGACCGGUUUAUUGCCUUCUGUGGACCUCAUGCAAGAUCCAGGCUUGAAAGUGGUUACCACCAACAUUCUCCAGAAACGUACAUUCCGUAUUUUAAGAAUCACAACGUUAGCACCAUUAUUCGCCUGAAUAAGAGGAUGUAUGAUGCUAAACGCUUCACGGAUGCGGGCUUCGACCACCACGACCUUUUCUUUGCGGAUGGCAGCACGCCUACCGAAGCCAUUGUCAAAGAGUUUCUGGAUAUUUGUGAAAAUGCCGAGGGCGCCGUUGCUGUUCACUGUAAAGCUGGCCUCGGCCGAACGGGCACUCUGAUAGGCUGCUACAUCAUGAAGCAUUACAGGAUGACGGCAGCAGAGACCAUUGCCUGGCUCAGAAUCUGCAGGCCUGGGUCCGUGAUUGGGCCUCAGCAGCAGUUCCUGGUGAUGAAGCAAACGAGCCUGUGGCUGGAAGGCGACUAUUUCCGUCAGAAGUUGCGAGGGCAGGAGAACGGGCAGCAGAGAGGCUCCAUCUCCAGACUCCUGUCUGCUGUGGAUGACAUUUCCAUCCACGGGGUGGAGAACCAGGACAAGCAAGAAGCAGAACCGUACAGUGAUGACGACAUGAACAGCGUGACGCAAGGCGACAGGCUGCGGUUUCUCAAGAGCAGGAGACAACCAAAGACCAAGGCCAUCCCGCUCACAGUAAUUCUGCAGUCCAGUGUUCAGAGCCGUAAACCGUCUGAACCUGACGCUCCUGGCAAUGCUGGCAUUGCUCACAGAGCCACCAGGUCUGCUUCAAGGAGGAGCAGUUUGAAAAGUCCCUCCAUUUCAAGGACUAAAACAGUCUUGCGCUAAAGUAAGGACGGCUCUGGGAACAGCAAACCGUGACCAGACUUGGCACAGCUCCUCCGUGAUGAACAAAACAGUUCCAACAGCCUUAGGCGCUUUCCACCUAAGAAGUUGGUCUCAGUGAAGACAGCGGCCGCUGGAGCUGGAGUUGAACUCGUGACUUGCUGAGCUGGGGUGGUGAGCGGGUGCCUUGAAGAAGCGCCCAGCUCUGUAGCCUCAGCUCACGUGGAACUGCAGAAAAGCUGUUGUGAAUUCA